AUGACUUCCUAUGCGCCCGUUAGCAAUGUCACCAUAUCUCGCGACACGUCAAAGCCCGUUAGCGAGGCAAUCAAGUCAUCACUGCGUGUGGAUGUACCUAAAAAUUCCACCGGAUAUUUUGGAUUCGCAAAUACGGGGUACAAUGGAGUCCCAGUAUCAAACAGCACCUACAACAGCUCGUUCUGGAUGAUGGGUGAAUACUCGGGAACAAUUAACCUACAGCUUGUUGGGUCGCACAGCGGAAUUGUUUAUGCCGAUCAUAAUUUGACCGUUAACAGCACGGAUUCUCACUUUCGCCAGUUUCACACAUCUUUCAACUCGACUCGAUCUCCUGAUGGAGAGAAUGAGUGGCACCUCACCCUCGACGGGUCAAAGGCUGCUGGCACUUCGUUGAAUUUCGGAUACAUACAACUUUUCCCACCGACUUAUAAUGAAAGAGAGAAUGGGCUCCGAGAAGACCUUGCGACCGUACUCGAGAAAACCAAUUUAACAUUCCUUCGAUUCCCGGGAGGAAAUAACCUUGAAGGUCUCCAAGUUGAAACCCGUUGGAAAUGGAACACAACAAUUGGUCCACUUGUCGACCGACCAGGAAGAGAAAGUGACUGGUUUUAUCCAAAUACAGACGCACUUGGAUUGGAUGAGUACCUCUGGUGGUGCGAAGAUAUGAAGAUGUCCCCAGUUCUGGCCGUCUGGGCCGGAAAGUCAUACGGCGAAAUCAUUUCAGGGUCAGAGCUUCAUCCAUAUGUUGAAGACAUUAUGAACGAACUUGAAUAUCUACUUGGAGACUCAAACACCACCCUUGGAAAAGUACGAGCUGAAAACGGUCGCAAGAAGCCUUGGAAGAUUGACUAUUUGGAAAUCGGAAAUGAAGAUGAUCUCACGGGCGGAUGCGACACGUAUCCAAACCGCUUCAAUCAGAUAUACAAAGCUGUUCAUGAGAAAUAUCCGGACAUGACAAUAAUUGCUUCAAACGGGGAUUUGUCAUGUCUCCCAUCACCGGUUCCCGAAAACGUCAUUCUGGAUCUGCACUUGUACCGCAAGCCGAAUGACUUUGUCGCCUUAUUUGAUCAAUUCGAUAACCAGCCUCGAGAUCAGCCUGUCAUGGUCGGCGAAUAUGGUUGUCGUAAUACCUCAAGUGCCAAAGGGACAUAUUGGUCAUUCAUGCAGGGCACUUGCAGCGAGGCAGUGUACAUGAUGGGCAUGGAGAGAAAUAGCGACAUUGUGAAAAUGGCAGCUUAUGCACCCAUGCUAGAACAUUUCGAAUUUGAAUCUUGGUCGCCAACUAUGUACGGCUUCAACUCGAGCCCAGAAUCAAUCACACCCUCAACAUCAUACUUCCUCCAACAGAUGUUUGCAUCAAACAAAGGGGAUACUGUCCUCCCUGUCAAUUCGUCGGCUGAAUUUGGCCCCUUGUAUUGGGUGGCCACAAAGGCGGAUACUCAGUACUAUGUUAAAUUGGCCAAUUACGGACCUGAUGAGCAAAAUGUCACUGUGAAGAUCCCGAAAACCGACUCUGGAAAGUUGAAGAUGCUUUCAGGGUCUCGCUAUGAGGGAAAUCAGCCAUAUUCGGUCAAUGUGAAAACUGAACAUGCUGAAAUUGAGCAAGGAAAGGCAACUACAAUGUCACGAUGCCGCCUUGGGCUGUCGCUGUUUUGGCAGUUGAGUGAAGUAUGA